AUGUUCAAAAAGGAUAUGUCAGCUGCUCCCAAGCAGAAGCUCAAGUCGUCCGUACAGCGUUCCCUCCGCCAGUCCCUUCUCUCCACCUACCCGCUCCUGACGCCCUACAUCGACGAGGUCCUCCCGAAAAAGUCAAACCUCUCGCAGAUGAAGCUGCCCGACCGCGCCUCCCUCUACGUAAUCGACAACACGCCCAUCUUCUACCAGCAGGACAAUGGCGCGCCUCUCCUGCCCCAUCUCAAGCUCGUCCACCGCUUCCCCGCCGCCUUCCCCUCGAUACGCAUCGACCGCGGCGCCAUCCGCUUCGUGCUCAGCGGCGCCACGCUCAUGGCGCCGGGGCUUACUAGCAAGGGCGGCAGGCUGCCGGAGCCGAGAGACGUGGGCAAGAGGACGAUUGGCGAAGAGGAGAUAUCAGACGACGGUGUCGAUGCUGAGGGGCACUGGAGCAGGGAACUGGAGAAGGGCGAGCCGGUGGUCGUCAUGGCCGAGGGCAAGGAGGAGGCAUGUGCCGUGGGACUUCUUGUUGCGGGCACGAAGGAAGUAAAAGAGAAAGGCAAAGGGCCUGUUAUCGAAGAGGCUCACUAUUUGGGAGACGGGCUGUGGAGGCUGAAUGUCGAUUAG